AUGGCCAAACGAAAACGCCAAUCUGUCGAAGCAUCCUCUCAAACCACCCCCAAACCGAAAGAGAAAUCUCUUCUACCACAAAAAAAACACUAUCGCCAACGCGCACACGCGAAUCCUUUCUCCGACCAUGCCCUCGAAUACCCAUCCUCUCCCGACGAGAUUGAUUGGUCCGUGCACUACCCGGCAUUUUAUCCCGCUGAGGCAUCUUCAUCACAUUCAAAAAGCGAUUCGGGAGAGGAUGGAAAGGUGGUGAGAGGCCCGACACCAGCGUUUGCAGAUGUGGGGUGUGGGUUUGGAGGGUUGCUUAUUGCGCUUGCACCACUAUUUCCCGACACGCUUAUGCUUGGACUCGAGAUCCGAGUACAGGUCUCUCAAUAUGUCGAGGAUCGUAUCGCCGCCCUCCGCGCCACACAUUCUCAAGCACAAGAACCACAAAUCGAGCCACAACCUUCGGAAGCAACAUCCUCAUUACCAGAGUCCCACCCUACAUCGACGACCACCGAAGUUUCGACUUCCAAGACCCAGACCCCAGGGCCUUACCAAAAUAUCUCCAUCGUCCGCGCAAACGCGAUGAAAUUCCUCCCGAACUACUUCCACAAAUCGUCCCUCCAAGCCCUUUUCUUCCUCUUCCCCGACCCGCACUUCAAAGUCCGGAAACACAAAGCCCGGAUCAUCUCGCCCACACUGCUCGCGGAGUACGCGUACGUGCUCGCUCCUGGCGGUAUAGUGUACACGAUCACGGAUGUGAAGGACUUGCAUGAGUGGAUGAAGGGUCAUUUGGAGAGGUUUCCGUUGUUCGAGAGGGUUGAGGAGGAGGAGCUGAGGAAAGAGGGGAAGGGUGCGAUUUUGGAUGCGGUUUGGGGAGAGACAGAGGAGGGGAAGAAGGUUGAGAGGAAUAAAGGGGAGAAGUGGUUGGCCUGUUUUAGGAGGAUUGAGGUUCAGAGACAGGAUUCAUAGCAGGGGUUCUGUGGUGUAGCGCCAUGUAUUCGACCGAAGAUUGUAGCGAUUAAGUAGUUGACUCCGCCAUGCCUUUCGCGUGAUUCUGCGUACCACGCGUGCCUAGUCCUUCAUCAAGAGAUAGCUAACAGUUUAUUCCUCCAUUGCAUCAUCUGGUACGGUGGAAGUUUUGAGAGUUGCCCCCAUGGCAUCGACGAGCUUCGUUGUCCUUCCUCUUACUACCCUCCUCAUCUCACCAUGCAAUAUUUUUCCAGCUUCACACGCCACCCUGAAAACCUCCUCAAAUCUAUCCACAUGCAACCUAGUCUCCAUGCUCACAAGCGUCACCUUCCCCGUCCGUGGCAUGACAGCGACCGUCACAUGCGGCACAUCGUUCUCCUCGAGAGUCGUAAGGUCCAGGAGUGGCGAGGUGAUGUGAACGCCACCGGUAACAGCGCAGACAAAAUCGAGUAAUGGAACGCCUGCGUUGGAAAGCGCGAGGGUCGUGGCGUUUAUACAGGCCUGCAGGGCCCCGCCGUCUUGUUGGAGUAUGUGUACGAAGAUGUCGAUUUGUGAGCGAGGGUAGAGGGAGGUUUGGAUGACGGGUUCGAAUGUCGAUUUGAUCAUUGCUCCAAUUUCGAGUAUGCGUCUAUAUAAAAGUCAAUGAAUGGGCUACGGCGAAUAUCAUACGUACGACUGCGAAAUGGUAUAUAGUCGAGAUACGACACAAGCGAAACACAGACACUGACGGACGCACGAAUGGUAUGGAAACUCACUUGUCUCCCCUGUUCCUCUUUCUCCGCUCACCGGUGCUGAAUGGUGCGAUACUGACUUCGACAUUUAUGUUGGCGCGAUCGUGCAUCGUUUGCGAUCGCAUUUUUGCCUCUCGGGGCCCAAAGACGGAGACGAGGACCUGUGUAAGGCCGUGUGCAACCAUAGCUGAGCCAUCUGCGCCCGCCUGGUCGGUCAUGUCAAAAGUCAUCUCUCUGAGCUCGUAUUGUUUCCGACCGUCAGAACGAAAGCCACCAUC